CCAAGUAAAGCCUCAGGUGCAUUACUCAAUGGCGUCGAGUAAACAAGUCUCAUUUCAACUUACAACAGAACCAGUCGUGAUUUCAACUACUCUAACGCAGUGAAGUUUGUUUUAUCGUGAGUUUCAAGUGACUGGUUAGGUGUAUACGGUUGAAUCUAGUGAGGAUGAUAAAGCAAACGAUUUUCCUGUUCGUGUCUGCGGCGUCAAUGGUCGUCGGACAUCAUGCUCGGGAUGUGCCCCAUCGCGCCGUGGCAGUCCUAUGCGGAGACAACAUUAAGGGUAACAUAACCUUCACGGAACUCGAAGACGGGAAGAUCAGGGUCCAGGGGACCAUCAUCGGGAUGCCCGCGGGGUCCUAUGGGUUCCAUGUCCACGAGAAGGGGGACCUGUCCGGGGGAUGCAUCUCGGCCGGAUCCCAUUUCAAUCCUGAACAUCAACUCCACGGCCACCCAGAAGACGCAGUCCGUCACGUCGGCGACCUUGGCAACGUGGUUUUUGACAGCAACAACGUAUGCAACAUAGACUUCGUCGACAGCCUCCUGGCCCUUCAAGGACCCCACAACAUCAUAGGAAGAAGCGUCGUCCUUCAUGAGAAGGCAGAUGAUUAUGGAAGAAGCGACCAUCCCGAUUCGAGGAAGACUGGAAACGCUGGUGGCAGAGCGGCGUGUGGAGUCAUCGGAAUAGCCGAACCAGUCUACAACUACACCUACAGUUGGAGUACCGCUGGAGCCGGCUCAUCAUCACUCACCAUGUUUUUAUUUUUACUGUCACCAAUUACGUUUUUAUUUAAAACGAUUUCGUAGUUGCCCAAUUAUAAUUGAUGUACUUAAUUAACUACAUAGUAUUUUUUUGUAAGUGAUCCUUGAUUUGUUUAAGUAUUUAUUUUAUUUAGUUUUGAUUCCGUUUUUAGAUAUUUAAUGAAAUCAAUUCCAAAAUAAAAAAGAAACCCGCAUUUUUUUUAUAACAAAAGAACAAUGAUAGUAAUAUAAUGUCUUUUUGUUUUUUGUCUUUUUGUCAAGUGUAUUUUUUUUAAUCGUUCAUUUUUAUCCCUUUAUAACUUUAUAUAAUAGACUCAUCUAUAGGUUUGUUAAGAUUUUUCACGACGAUCAAGAAAUCUUUAUUUAACGCAGUACCUACCCAAGUCUUUUUUACUUAAUUUUAUAAUUUGUUGAUGAUCGACAUGAAUAUACUAUUUGUUAGUCUA